AAAAAAAAGUGAUAAGCAGCGAGCAGCUUCUGGGUUUUGCUUUCAAGCGCACUCCUGCUGAAUCGGUGUGAGUGAGUGUUUGUGUCUGUGUGAGUGUGCGUGUGUGUGGGGCGUUCACUCUCUCUCCUGCCACAGUAGCAACACAUUGCGGCAGCGUCGGCCCUGAACAAAAGGCUAAACGCAGCAGAGCCACAGGAGGAGAAACUCAGGGAUAGAAGCAGGCUGAGUGGCCCAGCGUGACUGCAUUUCUCAGGGAGGAACUCAACCUGCCAUUUAACCCUCCUGGCCCCGGAGUGGAGACCAGCCCAGGCUGCCUGUCUGUGUCUGAGCUGAGGGGAACACCCUGUUACUCCCUGUUUCGUCUUUCACUUUGUCUUUCAUUCAUACACCUCCGUCUCCCUCAUCCUUUACUGAGAUUCCUGCACCCGCCCUUCUCUACCUGGGCGCCUUUCCUUUUCAUCCACCUGUCCUUCGAGAUGUCAGACGAUGACUGCCGCUCGCCCAUCGGCCUGGACUGCUGCAGCUGCUGCCUGGACCUGGCCAAUGGCUGUGAUGACUCCAUGUCCAGCAAUCCGGCUCAGGGCCUCGGUACUACUGGGGGCCUGCCGGCAAGCCCCACCAGCCCCAGCGUCAGUCACUUCCGCCAGCUCCGCAACCAGCUGAUGUACCAGAACCUGAACACAGACAAGCUGAACAACAUCAUGAGGCAGGACUCCCUGGAAUCUGUGGUGAGGGACCCCUGCUUCCUGCUCAAUGAGGGGAUCUGCAACAGCAACAUUGACCAGACCAUGCUGUCUAUACUGCUCUUCUUUCACAGUGCCUCUGGUGCUAGCGUGGUGGCCAUCGACAACAAGAUCGAGCAGGCGAUGGACCUCGUCAAGAACCACCUGAUGUACGCGGUGCGCGAGGAGGUGGAGAUCCUCAAAGAGCAGAUCAAGGAGCUGGCGGAGAAGAACAACCAGCUGGAGAGGGAGAACUACCUGCUGAAGAACCUGGCCAGCCCCGAGCAGCUGGAGAAGUUCCAGUCCCGCAUCCCGACGGACGUGCUGCUGGACAAUCAGAGCGCCCAGGUGACCCCGCGAGCAGCAGCAGACCUUCAUCCACAGCUCUGGCUCUGCUGUGUAAGUGGCUCUGCCUUGGGGGCGGGCAGAGCCACUGUCUCUAACAGUAAUGGACCUCAUUUGAAUGAAGCGUACGAAAUCGCCGUAGCCGAGAACCCCUUCGAAGCAGCGAAGGUGAAGCAUCGGGCUGCAAAUGAUCGAUGGGACACAAAAGAACGUUGACUCUGAUAAGCACAAAACAGAACUUAAGACGCUCUGACCGGUGCGGUGUCAGGCCCGUCCUCUGAUACCGUCCAACUCUUGUAGAGUCUCCGUGUAGACAAAAGCGCUGAGAAUAGAGAGAGAGGGCUGACUAGAUACCGCGCCGAGCGCUUGCUUUUCAGACAGGUGGGGGGGCUUCCCCCGCCUGGCCGAACCCUUCCGACGAGCACCCUUCGCUCUAGAGAGGGGUGCGGGGGAGGCGUUGAUGGGGCUGGCCCUUGCAGGUGCUAACUUGGAAAGGGCGGCGCUCCCCGCUCACCCAGGGGAGGCCCCCGCCCGAGACGGUCCCCCGCGUCUCAACGAGAAGAGCCCCAUCAUGUGGAUUUGUCCGACGGAGCAAACACAAGCGCCACGCCACACAUUUCAGCCGCAUAUCGAGGACUUUUCCUGCACCUUCAGUGUAUUGCUCAUGUCUUCAUGUACAUUUAAGCAUAACAAGAAUAAUCAACAGGAUAAGCUACGGCAGCAGAGGUGGGAGGUUAAUGCAGAGUUUAGCCUGUUAGAGCCGGUGGACCGCUGCAGUACACCGAUCGUAUACUGUAACGAUUCACAAAAAGUAAUCUUGUAUUGUCUGCAGAUGGGGCUUGCUGCUUAUGGGGGAAGUUAAUCCUGCUAUAUCCUGUUUUUUGUUUGUGAUUCUGAACAAAAUCAGCUGUUUGUAAGAUAGGAGUGUUGUACAGUGGUCUUAAAGAUUUUCGUGUGUAAUCCAGGGCGACGGGCGAGCCUGGCCGCCCUGCUUGCCUAGCUCCUCACAGUAAAGGAUAACUACAAUGUACAUAAAUGCCGAAACGUCCUGAGGAGAACUCAGCGGCGGUGGCGAGCACGUCGGCGCUGCACAUGCACUCCUGAUUUUAGCGGCGCCGUCCAGAAUCUGGUCCGUUUCUCGCUUUGUCUGGUUUUUUUUAGAUGCCAACUUGAAAACGAUGGCAUGACAACAGUGCCUGUCUGUAGUAAGAGAAACGCAUUUCCACACUGAGCUCUGUUGUUGUUUUCUAGCUACCAAAGACUCCCCCCCCCACCCCCCCCCCCCCCCCCCCCCCCCCCCCCCCCCCCCCCCCCCCCCCCCCCCCCCCCCCCCUUUGUUUUUUUACUCUCACAACAACAGAAGCCAAGCAAACCAGGACCAUGUGUAAAACUUCACAGGGAGAAGCUAGUGCUAAAGUUUCUAUGUGUUUUUGUAAAGAUAACGGUGUUGUUGCUGUAAAGUAUCCUGGAAACAGUUGUUCACUAUGGUGUUUGGAUACAGCUGCACAUUUGCAAUAAACCUUAUGUUUACAUAA